UCUUUUUAAAUAGAAAGUACCAGUUGCACAACAGCUCAAAUUCAUCAUUCACUUUACCAUUCUCUUCAGGGCCGAUCAUUCACAUGCAUGGGGAUUAAAACAUUUCUUGUCUAAACUCUGAAAAAUUCCAACAACAAAGUUUUUUGCUUAGAGUAAUGGACCUCUUCCGCAACGCCAAAGCGGUCCGCCUCCGUAGCCACCAUGACAAGUACCUUGUAGCCGAGGAAGACCAAGUGUCCGUGACCCAAGAGCGAAACGGAUCCUCCACCUCCAGCAAGAAAGCCUGGUGGACCGUCGAGUUUGUCAAAGGCACACAGUCCGUAGUCCGACUCAAGAGCUGUUACAACACGUACCUCACUGCCUCGAACCACCCCUUCUUUUUGGGCGCGACGGGUCACAAGGUGGUGCAAUCUCUGCCUCAGAGGCUCGACUCCUCGCACGAGUGGGAACCCAUCAACGAAGGGUCCCGGGUCAAGCUAAAGACCCGGUUCGGCAAGUUCUUGAGAGCCAAUGGUGGUAUGCCACCUUGGAGAAACUCUAUCACCCAUGACAUUCCUUUCAGGGACUCUUCUCAGAAUUAUAUUCUCUGGGAUGUUGAUAUUGUCGAGAUUCAAGCUCAGUCUCCGAGUCAAAACUCACACCCACCAUCACAUCAGAAUUCUAUGGGGGUUCUGAGUUGUUUUUUGUUUUCUGUAUUUGUUUUGUUUUUGUUAUUUUUUAAAUUGAAAUCUUUGGUUUUGCUGUAAAAGUUUUUUGUUUUUGUUUUUUUGUGUUUUGGUUUGCUGUCUAGUGGUUCGAAUGAUGUGAGUGCAGCAUCACCAAGGUCAGAGGGGAGGACUAUAUUCUAUCAUGUGGCUGAAGAUAAUGGUGAAGUGGAUGAUGAAGUUGUGGAGGGGUAUUCUUUUACUUUCAGGGGUAAUGGGGUUGAGGAAUUGACUCAUAAAUUCGAGGAAGAGACGGGUUUGGAAGGUAUUAUCGAAGUCCCUUGAAUGGAAAGCUUUAUCCCCUUCGAUUGCAGCUUCCUCAAAACAACUAUGCAUGUUGUUUUGGUUCUAGCUUCAUCAACAGUGGCACAGGACUUCACAAAACGAGCAUCAUGAAAAGCAUCAUGGGGCGCAUUACAAUUUUGUUCGUAUGAAUGCACAACUAUUCUGUAAAUUAUGAUUCAUGCUGCUUCAUAUGCGACCUCAAAGCAUUCAGGAAUAAAUUGUCACAGGUUACACAUCUUACUCUGUUGUGUUAAGUACUGGCAAUCCAUACAGUUAAAUUGAGAAAGCUCUAAGAACAUGCUCUUAUUUGCCAUGAUGGGGAGCCAUAACUCAUAACAGCACUCGUGCCCCCAUCAAUAAAGUUCCUGUUUGGUUCCUAGGAAGCUGAUUCUGAUGAUACUCAGUGGUAUUCACCAAAGGUUAUGUAUAUAUAUAUAUAUAUAUAUAUAUGCACGCUCUUCUGCAUUCAAGCAAUGUAAGGUUUUGUUAUUUUGUUUCCCCUGCUGCUUUUAGUUUCUCUUCCUAGGCUUGCUAAAAUAAUUCUAUUGUAUAAUUAUUAGCAGAGGUUUUUUGAUCUAAUAUAUUUGAUGGUUUAGUAUUAA